AUGAAUCCAUCUGCUCCUCUCAAGCGCUACUUCAAGGUUACGUCGAAUUCCCGAAAACGCAAGCACAACUUAUGUACUUCUGAAGGACCUGAUCAUGAGUCAAUAGUGCCGUUUUUGUUGGUGAAGAGGCGUAAAGUCAUAUCAUCUUUCAAGUUUCUGUCCCUUCCUCACGAUAUACAACACCUAUUGAUGGACGAAUAUCUUGAGUCUGACGACAUUUUGUCAAUGGCACGCACAUGCAAAGGCCUCCGCUUUAGAUGUAUUGAUAUGUAUCUGCUUCGCCACAAGGUUGUCACCCACACCAGCCAAUCUCGCGUCCGAAUUAAAAUCCUGGAUAGCGUCAUUCCUCUAGCCAUCUAUAUCCUACUGUCAGCGAUUCCUGAAAAUCAUUUCUCGCAAGCUACUCAUGCGAGCAUUGACAUGGACGUCGUCUCGCUCCUUGACUUUUUGGACCUUAUAUGUCAUUUUUUGGAAUCUCGCAUCAAUGUUUUCAGCCUUUCCCUCUAUUUUAAUUGUCACGACCUUCCGACUCUCAGCACUUCCGAGCGGUUACCCUCCGUCUUUGUUACCCUUCUUGCAUCGUUGGGAACAAGUUGCACGUCGCUUAAUGUGGAGGCCCAGAAGAAUGGCUCUCGUAGCAAGUCCUCCCAAUAUGCCGCCAGAUCAAACCGGUGCGCGAGGAGAGGACUUCUUUCUCCAUCUGGCAAGUCGGGCAAACGGGUUUCGAAACUCAACUCCUUUCAUCGUCGGCACCGUCUUAUCGAGUCUAAGGCGAAAGACUCAAUGAACCAGUUUCUAUCACUUGACUUGGAUCUGUCCUUAUUCCAACCAUAUGCAAUGCAGAAACUUGUUCCAUUUUUACUCAAGGGAUCCACCUCCAUCGUUGAGCUCAAGUUGACCUCUCCUACCAACUCAAUGAUCCAUGAUGCGUUGCAGGAUCUUCAUCUUCCCUUCAUGAAGACGUUGACAGUGUCAGUUAACGACGUUCACUCGAUUAUACUCCCACCUCAUUUCUCCUCACGACAUCCACGCGUGCGACAUAUUUCCCUCCUGAACGAAGUGGAUAUUUUGACAACAAACCCCGUUCCAUACAGUGAACGCCCCGUCCUUGAGCUCCCCCCUCUCACUACAGCCGUGUUCUCUGCAAACUACUCUAACUGGUCAAUGACUGACGUAUCUUCAUUAGCUUCCAUCGAAGUGCACCCCUUGAGUACCAUUAUCCCCUCGUCUAGUGGUGCAAUUUGUACUGCUAUCAGGUCACUUAUUGUGCCAAUAAAUCGCUAUAAGGGAACCCCCGCUCCCCCUUACUCCCAUAAAACAUGCACCUGUUUUGCUGGUGUAAGCGAAGAUCUGGCGGUCAACAUUCAGGACUUACGCAUAUAUGUUUAUGCUGUUACUUCAGAUCUCCAUUAUGGACCGGACAUUCUUAUUAAGAAAAACCAAUUGCUCUUUGACGAUUCACGCUGGGUUUCAGGCAAGCGGUGUAGCCAAAAUCUGGGGACGCGUGUCGGACAAAUACCAGACGCGCGCCCCGAUUAA